CGUCCAGGAUGCGCUUGCGCAUGCGUACUGCUUAGUUCAAAAACGAUCUCAUGCGGAUGUUCUUUGCUCAACACACGUGUGUUUAACGGCUACGACGAGUUGCGAUCUCGUGGUGAAAAACUAUGGAACAAAUAAACACUACAAGACGUAGUGGAACACAAGGCAAAGUUGUCCCCAUGGAAGAUGUAGACGAAGCAGAGAAUGUAAAAACUGAUCAUCAGAUGGACACGGUCAUUGAAGUAAAAGGAAGUUCUUCCACGGUGACUAUUGCAAGUGAUCAGAUGAUGGACAGCGAAUCUCAGGUGGACACUGUCGCUGGAAGUACAGCUCCAGUAAGUGUAACAUGGGAGAAGAACCAGGAGGGAGCGCGCAACGAUGUUCUAAAGGAAACCAAUGGAGGUGAACAGAUGAAAAAGACACCAGGAAAAGGGAAACGGAAGGCACCCUCUUCUGUUGAGACCCCCGCUUCAAAGAAAACUAAGAUCAUGAACGAUGGAUAUUGUCUUUAUGUCGGCAACCUGAACAACACCAAAACAUUUGAGGAAGUCAAAGAUUCAUUAGCAAAUUACUUCAUGGCACAAAGUCUCCUGGUUCAAGACAUCAGAUUGGACCGGUCCAAAAAACAUGCAUUUGUAGAUUUGGCUUCAGAGAUGGACUUGACCAAAGGUUUGACAUUACAUGGAGAAAUGAUGCAUGAUAAGCCAAUGAAGAUCGCCAAAGCGAAGGUCAAGAAUAUGGACAAGGUGCAGGUGAAAGCUCCAGCAAAGGAACGCAACGCCAAAGAUGACAAAUGCUUGUUUCUGAAGAACGUCCCGUACAACGCAACAAAAGAAGACAUUAUGAAAACCUUCUGCCAGGCCGUCGAUGUUCGGUUUCCUGGUGGGACGGAAGGCCCAACGACAGGCAUUGCCUUUGUGGAGUUUAAAAAUAAAACUAUUGCUCAGAAAGUACAGCAACAAGAACAGAACAUUAUGAUUCAAGGCCGGGUUUUGAUUGUGGACUGUGUUGGAAAAACAAAUCGGAAAGUCAUCCAAGCUAAAGACGACAAAGAAGACGCACCAGCUGCAGCUCCAAAUAACACCUUGUUUUUGAGCAAUUUGCCUUUCAAUAUAAAAGAAAUCUUCCUCAAGAAAUUAUUUAAGACCGCUGUUAGUGUCAGCAUACCUCAGUGUGACGGCAAAUCAAGGGGGUUUGGGUUUGUCCAGUUUGCAGCUGUGGCAGAUGCGGAACAGGUCUUGCAGUCAUCUCAAAAACUGAAAAUGUACAAAAGGGUUGUCGGAGUACAAUUCAGCCAAAUGCAAGCAAAUUCAGAGGAGAAAUUCCAAUCAAAAACACUGAUUGUGAUGGGCCUUGCCGAGAAUACGACUGCAGAGACUCUUAAAAGUGCCUUUGAAGGGUCUUGCAGCACAAGAGUCACUCUUGAUACAAAUACAGGAGUUUCAAAAGGGUUUGGCUUUGUGGAGUUUGAGAGUGAAGACAACUGCAAAGCUGCCAAAGAAGCCAUGGAGGACUGUGAGAUCGAUGGCAGCAAAGUGACGGUGGCUUAUGCAAAAGCCCAGUCUGGAGAAGCACAGGGGGCUGGUGGAGGCAAGAAAAAAGGCAAGAAACUUGGAGCUGGCAAACCACAGGAGGCUGUUGAAGUGGAAAAGAAAGUCAUACUUGCUUGAGAAAACCCCUGAUGUCAACUCUUGGGAAAAGUUAUCAGAUAUUAUUAUUAUUUUUUUUUUUUUUAAAUGUAGCUACAACUAUCUGAAAGCAUGGACAAGCUCAAGGUUGAAUUUACAUGGCGGUGAAACUGUGCACCGUAUGGUUAGUCCUACCUGUUGGCAAGACGUGUGGCAUCUUGUUAUUUAGGCUGUCAUAUUUGUAUUUUAAAUCUUUUAAAUUCAUAACUAUUUUUGAAAACAUGGAAGAUCUUAUCACAUUAUGUAGUUGUGUCAUGUAAAACGUUGAUAAAGAUAUACUCCUAAUGUGAAGACAAAUACAUUUUAAAACCACA